CAGUACCAGGAAUAUGAGAAUGUUGUUUUGGCCGAUCGUAUUGCAAAGGAGAAGGCCAGACAACAAGAAGAGCAAAUUGAAAUGGAAGAAAUCGCUUCACAAAAGAUUCAAAACUGGUGGCGCUGUGUACUUGUUCGAAAGGAAAUCGGUCCGUACGAUAGAAAGAAGAAACAGAAGAAGCGAGGAAAGGGUGGUAAAAAGGGAAAGAAAUGAUCACCAUGUACAAACACAGAGAAAUGUUGAUCAGCACGAUUGUUUAUUAUCAGUAAACGAUCUGAUUUCAAUGGUUCCUCACUGUGUUAUGUGGUUCAUACUGUCAAGAUUCAAGAUAUUCUGCUAA